UAAAAAGAAAAUCUUUUUGCCUGAGCUUUUAACUAACCCGGAACUUUUUAUAUAAACGAAGUAUUCAAGAAAGCACGCCUCUGAGUUCUUUUGCUGAUCUGUUUUUUAAAUUUUAUUUUAUUUUAUUUUUUUACGAAUUGCGGUCAUUUAUCUUUGAGUGGAGUCUUUGAAAAGCCUGACUAUGCUCAUUCUGCGUGGAGAACAGACCGCUGCAAAUGUCUCUCGCUAGGAGGGCAACGGUUCCUACGGGAGAGAAACACUCUACUUACAUUUUCUAAUCAGCGUAGUGGAGCCCAGAAGUGCCAAAAUGCCGCAGCAAAAAGACAUCGUGAAGAUCGCCAUCCAGAUGCCUGGGGCCUACCCUCAGCUCAUACGAUUGGACCAGAAGAAUCCUCUAUCUGCAGUUAUUAAGGAUGUCUGUGAUGGCUGGAAUCUCCCAGGUCAUGAGAACUACGCGCUUCAGUAUGCCGACGGAGUGCAGACAUACAUCACUGAAUCAAACCGUCUGGAUAUCAAGAACGGUUGCAUUUUGCGUCUAACCAAGGCCCCGGGACGCUGUGCAGAGGAUUUGUUUAAAGGCAUCCAGAGCAUGGACCUGGGCGUGCGUUGCGAUUCGUUGAAGCAACUCGCCUGCGUUUCCACUGACGUGACAUUCGCGCAGGAGUUUAUCAGUAGAGACGGACACCUUUUACUGGUCAAAAUCGUGGAAGACUCCAGCGAGAGUACUCUGAUCAUGACCCACACACUGACAGCUUUCAUGGAGCUGAUGGAUCACGGCAUCGUAUCCUGGGAAAACCUCUCAUCAGUCUUCAUCGAGAAGAUAGCCUGCUUCGUCAACGCAAAGGCGGCCGAUGCGUCCAUCCAACAGGUGUGCUUGGACAUCUUGGAGAAUAUGGUGCUUAGCAGCUACAGCCUGUUUGUACAGGUCAAGCAAGUGGUGACCAUGGAGAGGCUUAUUGAUCACUUGCAGAUGACAAAUCAGCAGAUCCAGACCAAAGCUAUGGCUCUUCUCAUGGCUCUGUUGCAGACAGCCAAGGAUGCUGACAGACAGGAAAUGUUUGCAUACUUGAAUAAGAAGAAUCUCCGUCAGUACAUUCAUAAGAAUAUCAUCCACAGUUCAGGUUCAGUCCAAGAUGAGAUGGCGCACUACCUCUACGUCCUCCAGUCACUGACCUUAAAACACCUGGAGACACGGAUGAAGAUGCCACUGGACUAUUCUAGCCAGGAGCAGAGAGAAAUCCUUCACAGUUUGCGGCAGGCAGCCUUUGAGACAGAGAGCGAGAACAGCCUGAGCCAUGAAAGACGACGUUCUCUGUGCGCCAAAGAGUUUAAGAAGUUGGGCUUCUCUAAUAAUAGUAAUCCCGGUCAGGACUUGUCGCGAACGCCUCCUGGUCUUUUAGCUUUGGACACCAUGUUUUUUUUUGCGACACGCAAUCCUGAUGCUUACAGCAGGUUUGUCCUGGAGAACAGCAGCAGGGAGGACAAACAUGAGUGUCCUUUCGCUCGGAGCAGCAUCCAGCUAACGCUCAUCCUGUGUGAAAUCCUUCGCAUCGGAGAAGCACCCUCGGAGACUGGGUUGGACUACCACCCCAUCUUUUUCAGUCAGGAUCGCCUGCUGGAGGAGCUCUUCUGCGUGUGCAUCCAGCUGCUCAACAAGACCUGGAAGGAGAUGAGAGCCACACAGGAGGAUUUUGACAAGGUGAUGCAAGUGGUGAGGGAGCAGAUCACACGCACGCUGUCCACCAAGCCUACGUCAUUGGAGCUCUUCAAGAACAAAGUGAACGCUCUCAACUACAGCGAGAUCCUCAAACUGCGUCAGACAGAGCGACUGCACCAAGAAGAGACUUUGGCACCACCCGUUCUUGAACUGAAAGAGCGUCUGAAACCUGAGCUGCUUGACUUGAUCCGUCAACAAAGACUCAACCGGUUGUGUCAAGGGACCAUGUUCCGAAAGAUUAGUAGUCGACGUAGACAAGACAAACUGUGGUACUGUCGCUUGUCGCCCAAUUACAAAAUGUUGCACUAUGGCGACGUGGAAGAGGAUUCGGAAACUCCGCCCAUCGAAACGCUGCAAGAAAAGAUCCCAGUUGCCGACAUCAAAGCUCUGCUGGUGGGCAAAGAAUGUCCUCACAUGAAAGAGAACAAAGGCAAACAGAACAAGGAUGUGUUGGACCUAGCAUUUAGCAUCACCUACGACGUGGAGGAAUACAGCCUCAACUUCAUCGCCCCCUCAAGGACUGACUUCUGCCUAUGGACAGACGGACUGAGCGUCCUCCUUGGCCGAGACAUGAGCAGCGAAUCCAUGCGUAGCGAGCUGGACAUCCUCCUCUCCAUGGAGAUUAAACUCCGCCUACUGGAUUUGGAGAACAUCCCCAUCCCGGAGAACGCGCCCGUGGUCCCCAAGCCUCCAAGCAACUACAACUUCUGCUACGACUUGAGUCAAACCGAGCAGUAACGUGUGCCUGUGUAAAUAUUGUGUGUAGAGGAUUGUUUGAAUGUUCACGAGCUCCAACAGCCACUGUGCUCGUCUUUAACAACCACGCAGCUUGACUGAACCUCACAAUUUCAAGUGCAAUUUUGCUUUUUUGUUUUUUUAACCAACCUGUCCCAAAGUUAUAGAGACUCAUAUGAAAUCAUUGAAAGUCUACCCUAUUUUAUGGAAGGGUGAAACAAGACCCAUUAAGAACUGGACUUUAAAUUUCUUCACUAUAAUGUAUCUACAAUAAUAGUUUUAGCUUCUUGUAAUGAAAUAUAUAAUGAAAUAUUUCUGCAUGAAAGUUGGCCAAAUGUGGUGUUAUACAUUUCUCACAAUACAUGCUAGCUCUCUAAGAAAACCAAAUAUAUUUGUGUGCCAGUAUUGACCAGAUCUAGUUGUGAAGUACGGUACAUGUGUCAAAACAAUCACAACCAAGUCUUGGCCAAAUAUCAUUUUGAUUUCAUAAUAAAUGUCAAGGUAUAUGCUGGCCAUAAUCAACUCUGUAAUUAAAAAAAAAAAAAAAAAAUGAGCAAAGUGUUUUUAUGACAGAACAUGUUUUAGAUCACAGUUUGUACACGUAGUUUUUGCAUUAUUUAUAAAAGCGUUUUAUAUAGGAUUAUAGUCACAGUUCAGGUACAUUCUACAGUUUUAGACUAUUGGUCAACAACAAAUUUUAUUCUGACAAUUAUAGAAAAUAGAGAAUGAUUUAUACAAAUAUUUUUCUUAAGAAAUAAUAGUCCGCUGUUGAAGGCCAACAUUUGUCCUAAAACAAAAAGCUGACAUUACCUUUAGACUUGUGUGUGUGUUUUGUUGUUUGGAUUUUGAAAAAAAUCUCUUGAAUACAUUUCAAUAAAUAU